UUUCCUAAAAGCAGAGUGCUCGGGAGCAGCAAAAAGUAGGGGAGAAGCUGAAGAAUUGCAGAACUCAAUCCAAAGUGUAAAGAUCAAAGGAAAGAAAAGUAUAAUUGUAACCUUAAGGAUUUAGUACUUAAUAACAUAAUCAUACCCAUCAUCGUUCGACGAAGAAUUCAUCACCCAUAAGCUCCACAGGCUCAUUUUCCCCAAAUGGGUCCUUGCUUCACCAGAGCUCGUAGAGUCCCUAUCUCUUCUUCUUCUCCAGAUAGAUCACCUCCUCGUCAAUCUCAGUCAAAAUCCAGGAAAACCAAAGAAAAGAUGAAGGGAACAUCCACAACACCACCACCACAAUCAGCAGAAUCUCCUUUUCUUCCCAAAACAGUAACCAUAGCAUCCUCAACUCCAGAGAUUGGUAAUAUUCUAGGAAAACCCAUUUGUGAUUUAACCUCAAUUUAUGAUCUCGAUAAAGAACUGGGAAGGGGGCAGUUUGGUAUCACUUAUCUCUGUACCGAAAAGGCCACAGGUUUGAAGUAUGCAUGUAAGUCGAUAUCGAAGAGGAAGCUUGUGAAAAGCAAGGACAUUGAGGAUGUCCGGAGAGAGAUAUUGAUCCUUCAACACCUUACUGGUCAGCCCAAUAUCGUGGAGUUCAAAGGCGCUCAUGAGGACAGGCAGAACUUGCAUUUGGUGAUGGAGUUGUGUUCGGGUGGGGAACUCUUUGAUCGGAUUAUUGCAAAGGGUAGCUACUCGGAGCGAGGAGCUGCAACCUUAGGUCGGCAAAUUGUUACUGUGGUUCAUGUCUGUCACUUCAUGGGAGUGAUGCAUAGAGACUUGAAGCCAGAGAACUUUUUGUUCGCAAGUCGGGAUGAGGAUUCUCUGCUCAAGGCCACGGAUUUUGGACUUUCAGUCUUUAUUGAGGAAGGAAAAAUUUACCGCGAUUUUGUGGGAAGUGCUUACUAUGUGGCACCAGAGGUUUUACGCCGGAGCUAUGGGAAGGAAAUAGAUGUCUGGAGUGCUGGGGUGAUCCUUUACAUUCUUCUGAGUGGUGUACCUCCGUUUUGGGCUGAGACGGAGAAAGGCAUAUUUGAUGCAAUCUUAGAAGGAGAGCUCGACUUAAAAAGUGCACCAUGGCCUUCCAUAUCUGAUUCUGCUAAGGACCUCAUCAAGAAGAUGUUAACACAUGACCCUCAGAAAAGAAUUACUGCUGCCCAAGCCCUCGAACAUCCAUGGCUCAAAGAAGAUGGUGUGGCAUCCGAUAAACCUAUUGAUAGUGCUGUUUUGAUUAGGAUGAAGCAAUUCAGAGCAAUGAAUAAGCUAAAGAAAAUUGCCAUAAAGGUAAUAGCAGAAAGUCUUUCAGAGGAAGAUAUUAAGGGCUUGAAAGAAAUGUUCAACAACAUCGACACUGAUAAGAGUGGUGCAAUUACCUAUGACGAACUUAAGAUUGGGCUUUCUAGACUGGGAUCCAAGCUUAGUGAAUCUGAACUUCAGCAGCUAAUGGAUGCAGCUGAUGUUGAUAAGGAUGGGACUAUAGAUUAUCUUGAGUUUAUUACUGCUACUAUGCAACGCCAUAGACUGGAGCAAGAAGAGAAUCUGUUUAAGGCUUUUCAAUAUUUUGACAGGGAUGGAAGUGGGUUUAUCACAAGAGAUGAAUUGAAGCAUGCUAUGACUCAAUAUGGAAUGGGUGACGAAGCAAGCAUAGAUGAAGUCAUCGAUGAUGUGGACACAGAUAAAGAUGGUAGAAUCAAUUAUGAAGAGUUUGCAGCCAUGAUGAGGAAGGGUCAUGAUACUGGUGGAAAUUGGAUGACAUAGAUGAAUCAUCCAAGCAACCGCACAGAAAUAAAAAAAAAAAAAGCUUAACUUGGUCUUGGUCUGCCUUAUCAUGUCAGAGUGAGAUGGCGGCUUUCCUGUUCUCUUAACCGUUGGUUCAUACUGAAAGAUCAAUCUUGGCCUAGCGGUAUUGUUGGCUUUCUAUCUAUCAUCAGCUGUAAGACUGCAACUACAAUGAACAUUCUCUAAGUCUCUACUUUGUAUAUAUUAAUAAUUAAUCAUAUGUACGCGCUAAGAUUCAUACGCAAUUGUGUUUGUUAAUAAGAAUUUAAUCCAGUAAAGUGAUUUGGUAUGUGGUCUACUGCUUAA